AUGGGUGCAACAACAAAGUGAAUUUUAAGUUACUGUUUCGCAGUACUUUUAGCCCUUUGUGCAUGUGAAGUUGCCAGUGUUUAUGCAUAUAGUCCUGGUAGCAUUGGUUGACAUCCUGGACCUAAUAAUCCCAGCAAGAGUACAAUUUACAGUGCUGUAGUUAAAGGAAGCUAUGACGCCGGAAGCUACAGUCCUUAGGCUGGCUCUUCAGGCAGUCUCAUGACGUUUGAAAAAAAAAUGGGCUCUGAUUCUUCCACUAGAAGCCAACUUCAGGGAUCUGGUGUUGAUUCAUCUGGAAGUGGUAGUCUUGUUUAUGGCACUGUGGGAAAUGCAGUGAGUAUUGACAUGUCUGGGUAUGAUGUGACUUCUGAUGUCCAAGGAUCUAGAUCUAAAGUCAUCAGUUCUUCUGUCUUGAUGCCAUUGCAGCAAAGCAGUUCUGUUUCCAAGCCAGUGCUGCUAACUGCCCAAUCUGCAGUGCAUGAUGGUGGAAGACCCCAUAAGCCUCUGCAAGGUAAACCCCACCAAUCUGGUUCCAAUAUUGUUUUAGGUUCCAGGCCUGUUCAAAAUCCAAUUUUCAACACUUUGAAGCAUCUUAAACCAAAAGAGGAGCCUGCAUCACCUCGCUUCUAAAUAUUAGAAUAUGGCAGUGUGCCAAACAGCCUAGCGGUGGCUAGUUAUGAACUUAUCAGCCAGUCCAGUGGCAAGCCCAUAAACCAACCAAGUGGUGUGCAGCCUCCACAUGCAGUUGACACCUCUGUGGCCCAAGCCUCCAGCCAGCAGCUAGUUCUGACAAGCCAGUCUAUUUCCCAGUCAAAUGACCACCAACCAGUACAUGGUAGUUCUGUCUUUACGGCUCAGCCCAGUGGCCUGUCUCUUAAGCCUCAUAAAGGUAGACAUCCGUUUGGGUCCAGGUUUCCAUCCAGUACAAGUACUCUCCAUACACCAAAUUCUAGUUUUGUAGUGCAGUCCACUAGCCAAAUACCAAUACAAACCAGCUACCUGUCUGGGCCCCAAAAUGCUCUACAAGCCAGUUACCAAUUAGAGGCCCAGUCUGCUUCCCAAAAACCAGCAACCAGCUACCUGUCUUUGCCCCAAAUUGUUGUCCAACCAGCACAAAUCAGUUACCAGUCUGUAGCCCAACCGACUGUUCAACAAGCCAGCUAUGAGUCCGUGUCUCUUACCAAUGGACAGCAACUGGUACAGACUGGCACAGCCAGGACCUACCAGUUUGCACAACCCAGCUACCAGUGGGUGACACAGCUAGGUCUCCAACAGCCAGCACAUGUCAGCUUAUCUGUAGCCAACCAACCAAUCAGCCAGCAAGCAGGACAAUCCACCUAUGAGUAUAUUGAGCAGAGUAGGCAACCCCUUUUCAAGCCAGUGCACUCUCAUGGGGUUCACCAGAUUGGCUCCAAGCUUUAUUCAUUCCAAGACUUGCCUCAGUACGAUUACCAGUGGAGGUUUCAGUCUCCACCUAGAACCAGUCUUCCAGCCCUAACUCUGCACACCAAGCCUAUUGCACAGUCCAGUGACCAGGCACCUGUGAAGCCUAACCGUCCCAGACCCCUCACAUCUACUCUCCAAUCUAUUCCAACACCAGCUCAAGUGCUAUCUAUCCAGCAGUCUCUUUCUCAGCCCAGCUACAUUCCCCAAGCUUUGCUAGUGGAUCCCAUGUACCAGCCCCUGGCACAAUCAAGUUCAGAGACCAUCUCUUUUGCUGAAUAACAGAUAUCUCCUGCUCCAGAGCAGUAUGUUUACCAGCCUCAAACGCUGCCCAGUAGUCAGUCUCUCACUCCGUCUAGCUCCUCUUUCUCAGGCAUGCCAGUGCAGUCCAGCUACCAGCCUCUGGGACUAUCAAGUUAUGAGACCAUCUUACAGCCUGGAUUUCAGACUUCUUUGGCGCUUGUGCCAUCAAGUUACCAGUCUAGUUCCCAAGCAUUAAGCGGUCCGGUAGUUUCAAAACAGGAGUCUGCGUUUUAGUCUGUUCAACCUGAACUUGCAAUUCCACUACAGGUGAAUUAUCAGUCCGUCACAGGCAAUUCUCCUGGACCUGCUCCAAACAAUAGGCAUCCAUCACAGAAGUUGUUCAAGCUAGAUGCAACUUUUCUGGUUCCUGUGUCCCAUGUUUGCUUUCAUGUCAAUAAAAUAUGA